AUGAAAGCAAAGUUAAUCGCGGUUGCUCUGGCGAACGCUGCGUGGGUUCAAUCCAAACACUGGCUGAGUUUGGCCGAUAGACUUGCUGACUGGCUCAACUACGGCAGCAUUGCACUCGGCGGUGUUUACAAGGGCUACAUCUGUGUGAUGUCUAAUGGCGCACAGAAUCCUUCAGACAACAUGUGCUGGCAAGCUUAUGGAACACCUCUGCCCGGCUCACCCGGGGUGUGCUGUAUUUCAAACUCGAUCACCAAACAGAGUUUUGAUGAAGGCUGUGCCAAUAACGGUGGCAAGACUGGGAUUCUGAAAGAUUGUUGA